AAAUCAUGCUGAGCGUCUCCGACUCCGUCUUGCGGGAUGGAGACGCACCAUUUGAGGAGCCCUCGCCAUCUAUAGAGACCGUUACUGUAAGAAAGGACCUAUCGGCGAUUUCAGUUGCAAGAGCAUCCUAUGUCAAACACCGUUUCAUAACAAGACGGUCAGAUAACAUUGUCAGAUACGAUGGAAGUAGUCCGGAUGUGGAAACGGUAUUUUCGCCAAGAUAUCGAGAAUUACGCUGUGAGCGAGAGAUGAAAAGAUUGCAAGCACAACAGAGUGAAACUGAGGAGCAACUUGUACGUGUAGAAUCAGAACUUCGGGAUUCGAAAUGCAAAGUGGAAUCAUUAACAGAAGAGAUCACAACCAAAAAAGCAAGAAUUAGAGACAUGGAAGUAAACGAGAAGUUGUAUCAGCGAAGUCAAGAGGAGAUGGAGACGAAAAUAACACUGAUGAGCAAACAAUUAGAACAAUUGCAGCGUCACUAUGAAAUUCAAAAGGAAAGAUUGAUAGCUUAUAAGGCAAGCGAAGAGAAAUGGGAAGCAAAGAAAGCAGAGCUUGAUGAAGCCUUAUACACAAAAAAUAACGCUGUUGUUCUGCUGCAGAGAGAGCUGCGAGAUGUCAAGGACGAACUUUCAACCAGCUGGGAGAACGCAAAAAAUGCAGAGCAUGAUAUUUCACGCAUGCAAAAGGAAAUUGAAGAGCUUCGAAGGAAUGCUGAGAUUGAGCGUAAGGAAUACAAAGCCUCGGUUGAGGAUUGGCGGAAUCGACUUGAAAACGCAUUAGCAGAAAAUCUAGCUACAUGUGCUGCUGAUGUAGAGCGAAACGCAAUAAUGGCCCUCGAAAUGCGUGAAAAAACUGAUGAGAAAAGCUACUUCGAGUAUAUUGGAGUUGGUGAGCAUGAAAUCAAGGACCAUCAGUUAGAGCUGGAAGAAAGCAUCGACAACUUUUCUACAGAGCUGCAAUACAAGGAGCUCGACUCCGAUCUAGCAGAUGGACAGUACACAAUUACACAGCUGAGAUGCCGAAUCAAAGCUUUAGAUGACGAUAACAAAAGACUUGAGGUCGAGAAAGAGCAAAUCGAAAAUCGAUUAGAAAGAAAAACGAAGUUUUUGAAAGAGGCUUUGAUGAUAAUGAACUGCUUAAAUCACGAAGUCUCAGCCCUCAAAUCACAGUACUGCGAUCUUGUUGAAGAGAACAUCAGCGAAGAAGAAAGUGCUUUGAAUCCACACUUCCUCCACCUCAUGGCUCUCGUAGAGGCAUACUGUCGACAAUUUGAACAGUUGGAGUUACGUACGAACGACAACGAGCACACUUUACAUGGCCAGGACGCUGACCUUGCCGAGACAAUCAGUGAUCUUCAAUAUAGAUUGUUCGCUGCCGAUCAGCGACAGGCUGCUUACGAAAAGGAAAGGCAGGAAUAUGAAGUGUGCAUCAAGAGAUUGAAAGAUACCAACGUAGCAGCACUCAAUGAGGUUGCUCAACUAAAAGAGCAAAUUCUGCAUUUUCUUGAAAAGGAGUCCAAGAGUAAAGAGCAGAUGGAGGCGUUGAGUGCAGACAUCGAUGAGUUGAAAAACCAGCUCAUUACGAAGUCGGACCAAGUAAAUCAUUUGACAGAAGCGCUCAAAGAUUCGCUCUCCGCCAACGUAAAUCACGCAGAAAUGCUUGCGAAUGUCAGAAACAAAUUCGUUGAGAAGUUGGAAAGUGCGAAGUUUAGAGAAGCACUUCAGUCAAGAAAAUGUGAUGAAAUACAUAUGAAGCUGCUGAAGAAGGAAGACGAAUUGAAAGAAUUACAGUAUAGAUUGACUAAUUACAAGGCUGCUGUAAAGAACAACCCAUCCAAAGCGUUACGAUUAUUCAAGACAGGAAGAGUGGUUGAGGUCAGUCCAGCUCACUGCAGAGAUCUACCACAUGAAAGUCCUCUCAAAAACUUUGAAACUACGAAGGGAGAACUGCAUGCUCGAAGGGAUAACGCUCGAGAGCUUUUGGACUCCACUUCAAUACACAAGAUAUGCAGGCAUUCCAAAAUGACGAUUAAUGAUUGAAAGACUGUAGAGAUUCGAUUCAUUCAAAGUAUUAAAAUUGUUCAUGUCAACUACUGAAACGGC